GACAACCACCUGGAGGCUGGAGCCUGGCGGCCAGCCGAUCGAGCUGAGGCACAACCUGCUAAACUGCAAAGAUUGUCAGGCAAAGCAAAUCAUACAGCGAUGGUAAGCUGCGAUUAGACAAUUAGUACGUACACAUGUCACAACCUCUUGUUCGUUUUUGUGGUUUCCCUAUAUUUGUCACACCAUGCAUGCAUGAAUUCUUCGCACGAGACUUGUCCAUUUUCAUGCAUGCAUGCAUGCACGUACACCCCGCAAAAUCCUAGACCCCGUAUUGAUUCCCCAUCCUCUCUUUGCAUUUUGCAUAUCCUACGCUCUCUCCUCUCCAUCUCCUUCCUCCUUUGAGCCACCAUGGGUUGCGGUGGCUCCAAAGAAGCUGUUGCCACCGGCAACGCUGGUAGCAGAAGAUGCAACCGCAACCUCUUCCGGAGGAAAUCCAGCGUUGCCGCCACCGCCGUCCAUCAACCAUCUCGUGAGCCGCUGCCGUCCGAUAAUGUUCCAGCCGCCAUUGUAAACGCCAACGACGAGGUGGUCACUGAGACAAAGGACGACAAGGCAAUCACAUUGACCAAGAAGGCCAUUGACGGGGAGAAAGGGGAGGGGAUCAACAACAAGGCUGAUCAGAUCGUCAAGGGCAACAGAGAAGCGUUCACCGUGAAGGAGGGAAAGGCGAAAUUGACCGUAAAUGCCAUCUGGGAGAAGAAAGACGUCGAGAUCAAGAAGGAUGAAGCGGUCAUCAAGGAUGAGAAAGAAUUGGUAACCGUUGUGAAGGGCAAAGAGGCACCGACGGAGAAGAAACAGGAGGAGGCCAAGAAAGAUAAGGCCGUCAAGGACAAAGAAGAGGUUGCUGAUCAAAAGAACGGCGUGGUAUCAACAGAGAACGUCAUCGUUGAGGAGAAAGAUGAAGAUAUGAAGAACGAUGGCGUUGUCAAGAUAUCGACCGAGGCAGCCAUGGAGGAGAGGAAAAAUGAGGGGGGCCAUAAAGACAAUGAUGAGGCUGCAUCGACCGAGAAUGACGUCGAGGAGAGUUUUGAGGAGGAUGACAGUGUCACCUUCCCGGUUGCCCCGGUGACCGAGGAUGAGAGUAUCGGAUUCAUGGCUGCCUCGGAGACCAAGGAGGAUGGCAGUGUGACCUUUGAGGCUGCCCCAGAGAUCAAGGACGAAGAUGACAGCGUCACCUUCGCGGCUGCCCCGGUGACCAAGGAUGAAUAUGAUAGCGUCACCUUCGCGGCUGCACCGGUGGCCAAGGUGGAGGAGGUGGCAGAGCAACCAGAGCCUUCUGAGCAUAAGGAGCAAGUGAAAAAUGAGGCAGAGCUGCCGGAGUCUACUGUUGUUACGGUUGAGGAGGUGGUGACCGAAGUUGAUGGUGCAGCAGAAACGGAGGAUGUGGCAGAGCAACCUAAGCCUUCUGAAGAAAAUGAGGAGGUAAAAAAUGAGGAAGAGCUGCCGGAGCCCAUUGUUGUCGAUGAGGUGGUGACCGAACUUGACAAAGCAAUGCAAGCGGAGGAGGAGAAGCUGGACACGGUUGAGGAGAUCAAGGUCAAGCAGGAAGAGAAGAGUGUCCCCCAGGAGCCAGAGGAGAAGAAACCUAGUGCUGCUUUGACAGAUGAGGGUAGGUUGGAUUUCCUAGAUUUCUGCUCUAGUGUAUCAUCAUGUGCUGAUCUUACUAACAGAGGACCCCCACUCGUCCCAUGUGCAGGGGUAUCGGAUGGGAAACAAACCGUUGAUUUGAAGGAGGCCAUAACCACUGAGAAAGGAGAGGAGUUGGCUGUCCCAGAGAAGAACGAUGAAGAAAAGGCUGCCACUCCAAGUGAAUCCGCGAUGAAUUGAAAAUGAGAUGUACCAUGUCAGAUGAAAUGUGUGCAUCAGGAAUGUUCAAUGUGCUUCAUUCAUUUUAUUCACAGGAAUUGUACAUGCAUAUGUGUUCUUACUUGUUACUGUUUACAUGCUUAUACAACUGAAUAGCAUGACUGUCAUUCUGUGUAAUACAACGGUAACAUAUUUAUCUAAAGUU